AUGGUGAAGACGAGUUCCUAUAGGAGGAAGAGCAGGAGCUCUCCAAAUGGACAAGGGCAAAAGGCAAAAAUAGGAAUCAAACGGCUAAGUGCAGAAUAUGUAAAGACAGGGCAACUCCUCGUGAAGCAAAGAAAAAUAAUUGCCUUCAAUUUUGAAAAGAAAACAAGAAGAAGAAAUUUUAAAUACUACCCGGGGGAACAUGUUAAGGUUACGAAAAACACAAGUUUGGUAGCCCUGACGAAUGGGAGAGUAAAAUACACAUUCCACUGUUUGCAGAACGUCCUCAUCGUGAAUGUACUUCCAGAAGAGUUAGAUGAGCUGAGGGAGGAGGACCUGUAUAGGUACAGGACUGAGCAUGUAAAAUCGUUUGAGGAGAACAGGAGCCUCGUUUAUCUUCGGAUGAAACACGUAGUGAGCUUCCCCCCCAGCAAGCGGACGCAGUUUAGGAGGCCGCCGCUGCGCCCCCAGUUCCUGGCCAAAUAUGACGUGGACGACAACCCGACGCUCCGGGCGGUGCCCGUGCUCUACCACAAGCGGGAGUGA